AUGGGUCGAUCCAAGAUUUCCCAAAGUCGCUGGCGUCAAGCUUCGUUUUACUUUUCCAUUGCAGCCUUUUCAACGUUUCUGAUCAACUUUAUAUUCACACUCUGGGCGAGCAUCACAAGACGUGACACAAUACGAGACGGUGUCGGGACUCUGCUUGAUACGGGUUGUUCAACCAUCAGGACACUGAAUACUGGGAUACAUAUCCUGAUCAACGUCCUUGGUAUCAUUCUUCUGGCGGGUAGUAACUACUGCAUGCAGUGCUUGAUGGCGCCGACCCGGCCAGAGAUUGACGAUGCACACGCAAGACAAGAUUGGCUCGAUAUCGGGGUUCCAAGUGUCCGAAACUUUUGGAGCAUAACAUGGAAGAAGAAGACUGUCUGGAUUUUGCUGUCCAUUUCGUCACUUCCAUUACAUCUGGUCUCGACCUCGGUGAACAAUUACAGCGUCUUGAAUACGAACGCAUACAUCUCAAAGAACAGCACCGGAAGCACAGUCAGCAGUGCGGAAUGGAAGAGCAUGUACGCAGGCUUCCUGGGCGAUAACGUGGAGCAAAUGGAUGUGACAAAGUGCAUCGACGCCUACCGAGUCGCUUUUCAAUCCUCGCGAGGGAACCUACUUCUUGUCUCGGAUGAUAGGCGCGAGGAAAAUCGAACGGUCGAGCUCGCUGGCAUACUCGCUGGCAACUCGACAUGCGAGGAUUACCUGCUCGAAUUGCGAACUACGCCGGGAAGCUGGACACCACUGGGCUCAGCCGUAACGGAAUGCUACAGCCAGAAGACUGAAGAGCAUUGCAAAUUAGCCUUCAGCAGCGCUCUCUGCUGGACUGUGACGGCUUUCAACUUUGCGAAGGGUGUCUUGAUGCUCUUCGUCGCCUUCGGGAUGGGUGACGAAGAUCCCAUCAUGACCAUUGGAGAUGCAGUAGCCUCUUUCCUCCAACAUCGGGAUGAGUCAACUGCGGAUAUGUGCCUCAAGUCGAAGGACCACUUUGUCGCCCAACUCUGGUCCAAGGGUCCAAUUCAGUAUGACCUCAAACCGCAACGGAAGUCUGUCGCGGUCACACCUGGGGGAUGGUUUUUGUGCUUCUCGUUGUACCUCGGAUUAAUCAUUGCCUGUGCAUAUUUGUUGAUUGGCGGCCUCUAUCAUAUGUCUGGUGGCGGCGACAUCAUCAAACUCGGACUCGGCGCCAUGCAGACCAGCACCAUCCUAAGCACCGGCAAUCUGGGUCAAGGAUCCAUACUUGCUAAUAUCCUGCUUGUCAACACGCCCCAGAUUGUCUUGUCGCUCAUAUACUUCACCUACAAUGCUCAGUAUACCAGCAUAUCCCUGAUUACUGAAUGGGACAGGUACGGCAACGAAAACGAGUCAAAGAGCCUCCGAGUAUCAUCUACGCGUAAAGGUUCCCAGCGAGACACCUACUUCCUUCAACUCCCGUACCGUUAUUCUCUCCCUCUAGUCAUAUUCUCAGGUGGACUUCACUGGCUCAUUUCUCAAAGCUUCUUUCUCGUCAAUUUGGAGGUAUACGCCCCUUCGGAUGAUGCCACAUCCAUGGUGCGAGUAACAAAUGGGGGCUCGCGUGCCGGCGUGACUGCCUGCGGGUGGUCGCCACUUGGGGUCUUAUGCGUUCUUGUGGUCAUUAUUCUCAUGAUGGGAUUUCUUAUCAUCACCGAGAGGCGUCGUUUGAGAUUCGGCGCAAUGCCUGUGGCGGGCAGCUGUAGUGCGGCAAUCUCUGCUACUUGUCACCCUGACUCGGAUGAGGAAAAGAUGUGGGAGAAGCCUCUGCGAUGGGGCGUGGUCGAUUCGUCUGUGGUCGGGCACUGUUCUUUCUCGUCUGAACCAGUCUCAGUCCCAGUACGUGGUCGUUUGUACUCAUGA